GGGCCGCGCUUUGAGGGGGCGGGGCCUGUGAGUUCUUGCUGCGGCUACUGCAGGAGAAGGCCGAUGUGCAUAUUUUUGCUUCCUUUCGUUAUCUUCUAUAAUUCAUUCCUUGCUCUGCUUUUUUCUUCUGAGCACUGUACGGUGGUUAUGUGCACCCUUAUUUGCAUAUAUGUAUAGCUGAGUUUAACCAGCUUGCUAAUUUCCCUUAAUAAUUAAUUAAUUAUUUGCAAGCUUUACCUACCAUGGUUACAUCAUAAUAUUUAUUAUGUAGCUGCUUUUAUUUUGGACUUUGGUUUGUCACUUUACUGCUCACCUUCCUUCGGGAGAGCAUCAUGAGGCUGUGUAGGACCCUGCUAAAAAAUGCAUUACCCAAUCAGAUCGAGUAUUACUCUAAGUUCUCCCCUUCCCCUCUCUCCAUCAAGCAGUUCCUGGACUUUGGUCGCAAUAACGCUUGUGAAAAAACAUCAUACCUCUUCUUGCGCAAGGAACUGCCUGUACGGAUUGCAAAUACCCUAAAGGAGGUUAAUCUGUUGCCUGAAAGCUUGCUUCAAAGACCUUCUGUGAAUCUGGUUCGCACAUGGUACUUGCAGAGUUUCCUUGAGCUGUUAGAAUAUGAAAAUAAGAGUCCAGAUGAAGCUGAUGUUUUGUAUGACUUUUUAAAUGUCCUUAUACAAGUGAGAAACAGACAUAAUGAUGUGGUUCCAACUAUGGCUCAAGGAGUGAUAGAAUACAAAGAGAAAUAUGGAUUUGAUCCAUUUGUCAGCAGUAACAUUCAGUACUUUCUGGACAGGUUCUAUACAAACCGAAUUUCCUUCCGUAUGCUCAUCAAUCAACACACACUUCUCUUUGGGGGAGACAGAAAUCCUGCGCAUCCUAAACAUAUAGGUAGUAUUGAUCCUACCUGCAAUGUACCAGAAGUUGUGAAAGAUGCGUAUGAAACGGCUAAGAUGCUGUGUGAACAAUUCUAUUUGGCUGCACCUGAGCUGAAAAUAGAAGAAUUCAAUGCCAAAGCCCCAGGCAGACCCCUUCAAGUUGUGUAUGUGCCAUCUCAUCUAUUCCACAUGCUGUUUGAACUGUUUAAGAAUUCUAUGAGGGCCACUGUGGAGCUACAUGAAAGCAGAAUGGAAAGUUUGCCACCUGUAAAGGCCUUAGUUACAUUAGGGAAAGAAGAUCUCUCUAUAAAGAUAAGUGAUCAAGGUGGGGGAGUCCCAUUGAGGAAGAUUGAACGUCUGUUUAAUUACAUGUAUUCAACAGCACCUAGACCCAGUUUGGAACCUAGCAGGGCUGCACCUUUGGCUGGAUUUGGAUAUGGGUUACCCAUAUCUCGGCUUUAUGCUCGGUACUUUCAGGGAGAUCUCAAACUCUAUUCCAUGGAAGGUGUUGGAACAGAUGCUGUCAUUUAUCUCAAGGCUGUUUCUGGUGACUCCUUUGAAAGACUUCCAGUGUUCAACAAGUCUGCAUGGAGACAUUACAAGAAUGCAGCAGAAGCAGAUGACUGGAGCAAUCCGAGCAGGGAGCCAAGAGAUGCUUCUAAAUACAAAGCUAAUAAGUAGAAUGCAGCAGAAUUCUAUUGAUGAGUGGCAGCAGGAGGUUGGAAGAAGAAAUACACAGCUUGGCCACCGUUAGCUACUUGGUUUUUAGUGCAUUUAUAUUAAUAUUUAUGUUAAAAAUGAAAGGGAUUUAAAAACAUGCUAUGAGGCAAUUAUGUAAAUAUUUUUUUUUUUCAUAGGCCUAUAUUCUCUAAAGCUCUCUGGGUUCCUGUAGCUUGCAACCCACAGAGACCCUCACUUAAUUCAUGGCACUUAAAAACUGUUUUAAACUAAUACCAAUGAAAAUAUGACAUUGGUGGAACAGGUAAACAUUUUAUUUUAUUAUUGUAUCAUUUAAGAACAUUUGUCUUGUAUUGCUAGACAAUCUAGCAAUCACACUGCUGGUUCUUGCAAGCCUACAUGUGAAUGAGCCCUGCCGAGGUAAAUGGGGACUCCUGCGGUAACUGAGAAAAAUUAACAGGGCAUUAAAUACCUUGUACUUUUGUGUACAAAAUGUACCUUGUCCUACACUCCAAAGAGAAGCCAAAAAAGUGAAAUCUAUAACCUAGUUUUUCAAAAUGCAAAAUAUUGCCUACACUGGCUGCUUGAUUUGUAGCUUACAGAAUUUGCUUUUUGGCCUCAUAGGGAGAAUGGAACAAGCGUCAUUUUUACACACAAAAGUAACACGUGAUUAAUCUCAUUUUAAAACAUAACUAAAGAGCACCAUUGUUCAGUCCACUCACUUUAUUUAGAAUACAUCACAAAAUAACGGUGUACAUUUGCAUACAUUAUAUUUUCAGAUACGUGGUUUUAUGCAAAAUGCAAAUUCUAAAGUGAAAAAAGGUCACUGAGAAUUCUACUGUAAUUUUCUAUACUUCACAUCCUGAAAUUUAGGGAAUGCCACUUAGUAAUUCUGUCGGAUCUCUUAGUUACAGGUUGCAUUACCAGAGAAACAAUUUAGGCGAGAACAUAAUACACAAAUAAUAUGUAUAUUUGAUGCUUCAUUUAAUUGGAUAUAUAUUUGUAAAAUUUAACUGAUAAAAAUUUGCACUAUAUAUUAUAUUCAUUUAUGAAUUUAGAUAGGAAACUUGUUACCUCUAUUUUGGCUUGCUAUUUUUAUACUCUUAAAUAAUUUAGAUGUUUGUGUUCCUUACUGCAUUAGUACACACUGGUAUAGUAACAUAAAAAUCUUUAAAAAUCAUUCCCACACUUAUGGGAUAUUAGUUGUAAAAGUGAGCAGAAAUUCAUAUUCAGUAUAUUUUUUAGGUAGUUUGUGUUAUGUGGUGUGUAUUUGUUCAGUAUGUAAAACACCUUUUAAUAUAUUUGUUUGAUAGUAGGUUACAGAACAGCUUGUAGCAAUAUAUUACUACUUUUUUUUUUUACCUGGCUGUUUCUAAAAGUAUAAAAACACUCCCAUGUAACCUCCUUUCUUAAGUAAUGUUUAACUUAAUUUAUUCCUAAAAGCUUAGUGCUUUUUUUUGUUAUCAUUUUACAUCAGUUCACGAAUAACCAUACCAAGCCAUAUUUAACCUUUAUUUAGAAAUAAACUUUAUAUUCUCCAUUAAAGAUGUAUGACAUGUUGACUGACAGAUGAAAUUAGAUGAUGCCCACAUAGAAUGUUAAUGUGAAUUUAUGAAAAUAAUAUGAAGACAUAUGAUUGCUUACUAGUUCAGAUAACAUAUGCGUGUGAUUUAUUUUCACUUUUUACAUUUUGAAAUUGAGUUAGAACCAUUCUUUUUAAUGGAUAUUAAACAAAAUAAAAAAAAGAAUUGCCAUGAAUAUGAAAAAGCUUAUUUAAACAUGAAAAAAUAUAUAUUUUUUGUAUGAAAAAAAAUGUAUUUGAAAACUAACAGGAAAUGCCUGUUUGUGCACAAUUAAACCCUGAGAACAGACUGGCUGAUAUAGACAAUUUGCAUAACUUCAUUAUUGGGCAAUGACACAAUCCAAGCAUAAAGAAAAAUAUUUUAUUUUAAGUACAGGAAUAUACAUUAAGCAAUAAAACGAGUACAUUAUAAAAUCCUCACUUUUAGAUACAGUAAUAAAAAAAAAACAACUUCAAUUUUCUUUUAAGUAAAUCUUUUUUAGUUUAUUUUUUCUGGCUUUUAAUACUAUAGUUUAACUUGAAAGUCUUGCUUUUUAAUUUGGAGUCACAUCAGUAGCCUACAUGUUUUUUUGACAAGACACAUUUUACUGAAAAGAUUAGCCUGUCAAAUGUCAGUUUUGUUGUUUACUGGCAUGCACUUUCAAGCUAAUGUACAUUUGCAAGAGAGGUGCAUUUCCCCCAAAUUAUUGGCAACACUAUUAGGAGUAAUUUGUAAAACUCCAUACUUUACUUUAAAAGCAAUGCUUCUGGCUUGCCAAAACACAUUGCCUCAUGGAAAAUACAUGCUAGAAUUGACAAAUAUUUAUGCCCACCUUAAAGCAUAAUAUAUGCAAUUAGAUUUUAUUUAUAUGAAGCUAAAUUACCUUCCAUAGUAAAGGACAUUAACCUUGUUUGCUUUUACCUGUAGAUUAUUUAACUCCUACACUGCCAAAGAAGCUUUCAGUGCAUUUUUAGGUACAACCUAUACAUUUUAAAUCUAAUUUAAGUUGGUUAAACUAGUAGCAUUAAUACCAUGCUCAUCAGUGAACCUAGGCCAGGUCUGUACACAAAUGCUUUCUUCUGUAAACUGCAGUGGGUAAAUGCAAUGUUGUUUUAUGCGUCUCCAGAAACCUUUUUACUUUGAGUUAAUCAAAAUUAAAUGUAUAGAUAAAUGUUGUAAUGUCUUGGCAUUCUGAAAACGCUAUUAUAAUCUACAAUCUUGUGCACUCAACUUUUACUGUUCUUUUUGCUUAGAAGAUUUGGAUGACAUUUGAAAGUGCAAUAUAUAUAUAUAUAUAUAUAUAUAUAUAUAUAUAUAUAUAUAUAUAUAUAUAUAUAUAUAUAUAUAUAUAUAUAUGUACGUGUUUGUAUUUUCACCCUUUUUAAACUAUUUAAUGGUUCUAACUAUUUAAAGCCCACAUGAUACUAGCAAUACUCGUUUACUUUUUUAUUUUCCUAUUUCUUUGAUUUGUUGUGCUGGAAAAAAUGUAUUAUUUAUAUUGUUAAUUGUAUGACUUAGCUGCUGUUUCUUAUUUGGAAAUUGUGUGUUAUACCACUUCAGGAAACAAAAAAAAUAAAAUAUUUUUUUAUAA